AUGGACAAGCCGCCUUCUGAUGGAGGCCGAGCUUCAGAUGCUUGCAUCCCUCAGGACAGUCAGGGUAGAAAGGAUAUGGAACACCCUGGGUCAGAUGACGAAAAGAGCCAAAUUGAGGUAGUUGAGCAGGAACACGAGAGGAGUUCUGCACCUCUGGUUGUUCAGCCGCUUGCUGUUAUGACUGACAACAACGCUGUGCUAACUUUGACUGGGACGACAGGACCCAUUUCUCAAUUCUACCGAAACGGGAAGAUCCCGAGGGGAGGUAAUCCUUCCUUCAUUGUUCUUAUUCCCAAAAAGGAAGGUGCGAUCUCUCUCGACGAUUUCAGGCCCAUUUCCCUCAUUAGCAGCCUGUACAAAGUUAUUGCCAAAAUCUUGGCAAAUAGAAUGAAAGGUGUUAUGGACUCCAUCAUUUCUGAUAAUCAGAGUGCUUUUAUCAGCGGAAGGUUCAUUCUUGAUGGAGUGGCAUAUGAUUUCGUGGAGUGGGAUUACUUGGAUGUUAUGCUCGAUAGAUUUAACUUCGACUCGAGGUGGAGGAAGUUGAUAAGAGGCUGUCUCACUUCGGCAUCGGCAAAUGUCUUAGUUAAUGGUUCUCCUUCUGGGGAAUUUUCGCUGGAGAAAGGUCUCCGUCAAGGUGAUCCACUGUCACCGUUCCUCUUCCUAAUUGCAGCAGAAGGAUUGCACUCCCUGGUCGAGAGAGCGGUGGAGAAAGGUUUUGUGGGGCCGGCAGAGAUCGGAAAAGACAACAUUAGGAUCUCUCACCUCCAAUACGCUGACGAUACUGUCUUCGUGUUGGCCGAUGAAGAGAAAAAUGCAGAAGCAAUUAAGUAUAUCCUCAUGUUAUUCCAUUUAAUCUCUGGGAUGUCGGUGAAUUUCAACAAGAGCAAUCUCAUGGGAAUUGGCGUCGAUGUCAGUAGACUUGAGAGGAUGGCCGCGGUCCUGGGAUGUAAUGUCAGAUCUAUGCCGUUCAAAUACCUUGGAAUAAAGGUGGGUGGCUGCUGCAAAAAGGGAGGAGGUCUGUUGUGGGCUAGAGUUGUCAAGUCGUUGUAUGGGGAUCUUGAGUGGGGUGAGAAAACGGUGAAGUGUUGUGGUAGAGGCAGGGUUAGGGAUGGGUGGUGGUCUAGAAUUAUCUCUGUGAUUGGUGGUUCGGGGGAGUCUUGGUUUCUUGAUAACAUUUGCAUUAAAGUCGGGGAUGGGAAUAAUACAAAAUUUUGGAGUCACAAAUGGGUAGGGUCGAUGCCUCUAAAGUUCGUCUUUCCUCGGUUGUAUCAUCUUUGUGUCAAUAAAGAGGCCCUCAUUAGCGAGUCGGGUACUUGGGAGAAUGGGGUCUGGAAGUGGGAACUGAGCUGGAGACGAGAGCUUUUUGAAAGAGAUUUGAGGGGGGUUGAAGCUCUGCUUUCUUUCAUCUCUGGUGCUAAGCUUGAUGCAGGUGCUGCUGAUGAUUGGUCUUGGACUGCUGCUAAGGAUGGUUUCUAUUCCACUAGAUCGGCAUACGAAGUCAUUUACAAGACAAGACAGGAGAGGCCAGCACCGGAAGCGAUCAACGACAUCCUCUCGAAGGUGUGGAAAAGCCCAGUUCCGCAUAAAGUUAGGGUCACAGCAUGGCGGACGCUAAGAGAUAGACUUCCCACGUGUGCCAAUCUUAGAAGAAGGAAUAUUCUGGUGGACGAAGUGGAUCUCGGCUGCAAUGCAUGCUUUCAUAACGAGGAGACGAUUGACCAUUUCCUUUUACAUUGCCCGAAGACGGAAAAAGUUUGGGAGGAUAUCCUUCGCUGGCUUGGAGUAGAAAAUUCUUACUUGCGCUGUGGUGCUGUGUUAACUGGGUCGUCUGGAGAUGUAGAAAUGUGA